UUGUACGACCGGUGCUGUAAUUCUUGUCUAUGAGAAGUAGACAGCUAGCCUGUUAGCAAUCACAACAACAGAAGAUUACGGACAGCUAGCGUCACAAUCUAACCUGACAAAGGGGGCAAACUGCUUCCAUCUGGCGUGUACUGAUGCAGAUGGACGUCAGGACUGAACAUUGACAAGUGGAAGUGACGGAUUCCUUCUCCUCACCCUCUUGCCCCCGACACCUUCUGUCACGCUGGCAAUGUCAAGAGUCCCGAGUCCCCCUCCCCCUGCGGAAAUGUCCAGCGGGCCCGUGGCCGAGAGCUGGUGUUACACACAGAUCAAAGUGGUGAAGUUCUCUUACAUGUGGACCAUCAACAACUUCAGCUUCUGUCGUGAGGAGAUGGGCGAGGUCAUCAAGAGCUCCACCUUCUCUUCUGGGGCCAACGACAAGCUGAAAUGGUGUUUGCGAGUGAAUCCCAAGGGCCUGGAUGAGGAGAGCAAAGACUACCUGUCUCUCUACCUGCUGCUGGUCAGCUGUCCGAAGGCCGAGGUACGCGCCAAAUUCAAAUUCUCCAUCCUCAACGCCAAGGGAGAGGAGACCAAAGCCAUGGAAAGCCAGAGAGCAUAUCGCUUUGUCCAAGGGAAAGACUGGGGCUUUAAAAAGUUCAUCCGGAGAGACUUCCUCCUAGAUGAGGCCAACGGUCUUUUACCUGACGACAAGCUCACGCUCUUCUGUGAGGUGAGUGUGGUGCAGGACUCGGUCAACAUAUCUGGGCAGAACACCAUGAACAUGGUGAAGGUACCUGACUGCCGGCUUGCAGAUGAGCUGGGCGGCCUGUGGGAGAACUCCCGCUUCACAGACUGUUCCCUGUGCGUGGCUGGACAGGAGUUUCAGGCCCACAAAGCCAUCCUGGCAGCACGUUCCCCUGUAUUCAGCGCCAUGUUUGAGCACGAGAUGGAAGAGAGUAAAAAGAACCGAGUGGAGAUCAACGAUGUGGAGCCGGAGGUUUUCAAAGAGAUGAUGUGCUUCAUUUACACAGACAAGGCUCCCAACCUGGACAAGAUGGCUGACGACUUGCUGGCAGCAGCUGACAAAUAUGCUCUGGAGAGGCUGAAGGUCAUGUGUGAGGACGCGCUGUGUACAAGUCUGUCUGUGGAAAACGCUGCUGAGAUCCUCAUCCUGGCUGACCUGCACAGCGCCGAUCAGCUCAAAACGCAGGCCGUCGACUUCAUCAACUACCAUGCUGCAGAAGUCAUGGAGACGGCCGGUUGGAAGUCCAUGGUGGCGUCUCAUCCACACCUGGUGGCCGAAGCUUACCGCUCCCUGGCUUCAGCCCAGUGCCCUUUCCUUGGACCCCCACGCAAGCGCCUCAAACAAUCCUAACAGCAAGACGUCUGUCCUGAUACAUACACACACACAUGCAUCUACAUACAAAGACACACUGAUCCCUCCCCUCACACAGGGACAGCCUUCCCCCUUGCUGUUACCUACUACAGCCUCCCCCAAAUCUGUCCCAUCCAAACCUGCUGUAUUUAAUCUCUUCUAAAGAUCGAGGGAAGAGGAGGUGGAGGUGGAUAGAGGGGCAGGUGGGCUUGUGAAGUGGAUGUUUGUUGUUUACACACAAAAAAAACACAACACCACUCCCCCCUUCCUCCUCAGAGGUGUCUGACAUUGUGCUCUUUUCCUACUUUGGAAUCCAUUCAGGGGGACGGACUGGACCCAGCAAUCCAAAAAGAGCCAACUGUCUGGAAAUGUGGAGGUUUCAAGGACAAGUGCCGAUAAAUUAAGUCUUUAACUGUCUAUUUUAUCAUACGGCUUCUUUUUGCUCUGUUCUUAGUGUUUGUAGGACGAGUCCCCAAACAAAUGGACUAAUGUGAGGACUGAAGAAGAAGUGGGCCUGUCUCCCCCCCCCCCCUCGAGAAAGACAACCAAGGGCUAGUCAAAAAAGCAGAUAUGGGACCAACUCAUCAUCAAUCUUCCCAAAGAAAGUUGGGAAAACAUUGCACUAAAGUCACAGGUCACCCUUCCUCAACUCUUACCAGCAGUAAAGUAGAAAUACUGUAGGUAAGCACACAUUGAAGCGAGCUUCAUGGACUAAAGACCCAGCUGGACCACCAAGAACAAGUACCCUUUAAGAAGAUUUAUGUGACAGAAACCACUCAUGUACUCCCAUAGAGAACUCUGCUUCAUCUGCAGCCGUUUCAUUUUUUUUAAAUAGUUGGGGAAAAACAUGGCAGGAUACAGAAACGCACAACUGGAUGUCCUUCCUGGGAAAAUUGUAUUUUGUCUGUGGAUCUGUUUUUGUAGCCCUUGAGAAAAAAUGUGUGUCAAUAGACGAACCAAUCAGGAGACAAGAAAUGGAGGGGAAAAUAAUGUCAAAUGGUUUCAAAAUAACAUUAGGAAUCAAUCGGGCAUGUUAAUGUUGUUUUUUGACUGAUUUCUUAUUUAUUUUUUUUCCUCAACUGUCAUUUCUAUUUUUUUCAUAGAAAUGUGUACAGACACAAGUGUUUCUGAAGCUGUGGAAACAAAAAGCAUUUUCAACCUUGAAAUUGGGAGGAAAAAGCUGCGAUAUGUUUUCUUUGCAAGCAUGAAGACUGAAGGAAAUUAAAUUGAUAUGAACACGUUUUAAUGUUCAGAAUAGACAGAAUGUGAAAAAAAUGCAUACUAAGGCAAACCACAUGAAAUCAUUUGAAGUUAUCAUUUUAGCCUGGUGGAAAAUGGUAAUUCAUAGAAGGAACCGCUGUUUCUUUCCUGUAGAUAUUAUUAUGAGAAGUGACACUUAGUUGUUGCCAUUUUUUUGUUCCCAAAAGAUUAAACCACAACUAUUUUGUAUUGAAUGCAA